CAAGAAUGUCAACAACAAGCGAAUGGUGACUCAUCAAUUCAUUCGCCUCACCCCAUAUCCAACCAACCGACACACACGACGUUGCUGCUGCUGCUGUUUCGUUUGCUGGUGUGCCAGAUGGAGAGAAGGGAGGGACGAUGGUGGGGUAUCAUGAUGAUGACGCCAGCGUGGCCUUGUUUGGGCCGGACCCAAAGUCUGUCCAGCGCACAAACUACAUUUGUGCGGCCGUCACCGUCGCCGCCGUGACGGCGACCAUUGCGUUUGCAUUCACCAGAGACAGCUUGGAGAUCAUACACAUCUUCUUUGCCGUCGGCGUGGUGCUUGUCGCCAUCCCCGAGUUUGUUCUCGUGCUGUGGUAUCGAGAGGGCGACCUGCCGCCACGGUUCCGCUACCUAAUUGCCUACAUUACGUGUUCCAUCGUUGUUCUGUGCAUCUCCUCCAUUGUGUACUUUCGUCGCGUCCACGCCACAACACAUUCCCACUGCCCACCAUGUCACAACGGCACCAACACUUCGGUGCCGUGGACGUGAUGUGAUAUCACGUGAUCAUCGCCCCACCGCACAGCACCACCACAUCCCAUCGCAUCCCUAUGACCACAUCGCAUCAGCCGCUCCUCAGCUCGUUCUGUUACGUUCAUUACAUGCGCUUGAUUGCUGUUUGACUAGCUCUUACGACUUGCGUACUUCUUUUAGUUAGGUCCUGUUCUCCCCCUGCUCCUUCCCGCUGUUUGGUGCUUGCACACACCUAAGCUGCACAGCUGUGUGUGAGUGAGUGAGUGAGUGUGUGUGUGUGUGUGUGUGUGUGUGUGUGUGUGUGUGUGUGUCUCGCUCUCUCUGCGUUUCGUGCGCCUGUCCACCAUCACGGAGGUCUUGUGUACAGUGCAUUAUAACCUCCUCAUUCGG